AUGAAUGUCAACAAGAAACUCGAUCGCUUCAAGCAAUGGGCUGGAGAGCGGAUGGGAGGGGAAGUGAAGACCAACACCUCAGAUGAGUUUAAGGAUCUGGAACAAGAAAUGCAGUUGAGACAUGACGGGAUGGACAAGAUGCACAAAUCCGUCAAUGCCUACGUCAAAUACCUGAAUAAGCGCAGUGAGCUUGAUGACAAGGAAAAGGCCAUGCCUGUAGGUGCCUUUGGCUCCAUAAUGGUUAGCCACAGUGACGACUUCGAACCAGACUCGGAAUUUGGCAACUGUUUGAAGACUCUGGGAAGAGCCAAUGAGCGCAUUGCUCGCGUCCAGGAAAAUUACGUCUCGGAGGCCACGAGUACAUGGUUGGAGUCAGCAGAGAGGUCUCUUGCACAAAUGAAAGAGUACCAGGCGGCUCGCAAGAAGCUUGAGGCUCGACGACUAGCAUACGAUACUUCACUUGCCAAGAUGCAGAAAGCCAAGAAGGAGGACUAUCGUACCGAAGAAGAGCUCAGAUCUCAGAAGGCGAAAUACGAAGAGUCCAGUGAUGAGGUUCUGAGGCGAAUGCAAGAUAUAAAAGAAGCUGAGGCGGACAGUGUGCAAGAUCUGACGACGUUCUUGGAAGCAGAGUUGUCCUACUACGAUCGUUGCCGUGAGGUCCUUCUACAAGUCAAAAGAGAAUGGCCUGUUGUGUAA